AAGCCAUGAUGAUGCCCUCGCUUGCCGUCCGGAUCCUCGUUCUCGGCUUGUGCGUGCGCGGCGCCGCGGCUCAGGCAGCGUCCACUCCGGCCGUGUGCGCGCCCGCGUGCCGCUGCGACGGAGACGGAGGCGCUGACUGCUCCGGGAGAGGACUGAGCUCCGUGCCGCGCGGCCUCAGCGCCUUCACCUACUACCUUGACCUGAGCAUGAACAACAUCACAGAGCUACCUGCGAAUGUAUUCAAGAACCUGCCGUACCUGGAGGAACUGAGAUUGGCAGGUAACGAUCUUACUUUCAUCCACCCUGAAGCUCUGUCUGGCCUCCACCAGCUCAAAGUACUCAUGCUUCAAAAUAACCAGCUGAAGACGGUUCCCAGUGCUGCUCUCAAGAACCUCCACGCUCUGCAGUCUCUGCGCUUGGAUGCGAACCACAUCACAGUGGUGCCUGAGGACAGUUUCCAGGGCUUGCAGCAGCUCAGACACCUGUGGCUGGAUGAUAACAGUCUGACCGAGGUUCCAGUCGUGCCUCUGCAACAUCAGGGGAACCUGCAGGCGCUCACGCUGGCACUCAACCGCAUCGGCCACAUCCCGGACAGCGCCUUCGCCAACCUCUCCAGCCUGGUGGUGCUGCAUUUGCACAAUAACAGGAUUGAGGAGAUUGGGAAGAACUGUUUCAGUGGCCUGGACAAUUUAGAAACACUAGAUCUGAACUACAACAACCUGAAAAGCUUCCCCGAAGCCAUCCAGACUCUCCCCAAGCUGAAAGAGCUUGGCUUUCACAGUAAUAAUAUCGCCGUCAUACCUGAAGGAGCUUUUCAUAGGAAUCCACUGCUACGCACCAUUCAUCUCUAUGACAACCCUCUCUCCUUCGUGGGAAGGUCGGCUUUCCAGAACCUAUCAGACCUGCACUCUCUGAUGCUACGUGGUGCCAGUAUGAUGCAGGACUUCCCCAGUCUGACUGGAACAGGGAACCUCGAGAGCCUCACCCUAACAGGCACUAAGAUCAGAGCCGUACCUGCAGAUCUGUGUGAGGACCUCUCUGUUCUCCGGACUUUAGAUCUUUCCUACAAUGAGAUCGAAGAGCUGCCUUCCUUUCAGGGCUGUGUGAGUCUUCAGGACAUAACCCUACAGCAGAACCACAUCCAGCAGAUACAUCAAGACACCUUCCAUGGCCUGACAAACCUCCGAGUUCUGGACCUGAGCAGAAAUGAGCUGAAGUUCAUCCACCCAGAUGCCUUCCACUCUCUCAGCGCUCUGACCAGCCUGGAUCUGAGUAUGAAUCUCUUAGCCAGUGUACCUACAGCCGGACUAAAUGCCCUGAACCAGCUCAAGCUCACAGGCAACGUAAAAAUGAGGAGCAGCCUGAGCGCCGCCGGCCUUCCCAAGCUCAGGUCUAUAUCAGUGCCGUAUGCAUAUCAGUGCUGUGCUUUCAUUGCCUGUGACGGCACACUGAGUUCCCUGGAAAGAGAGGACAGGAGGAACGGCAUUGGUGUGGAUGAGGAGAUGGAGAGGACCCCCCUGCUUAUGCACUGUUCUCCUUCCCCAGGAGCAUUUAAACCGUGCGCCCACCUGCUUGGCAGCUGGAUGAUUCGACUGACCAUAUGGUUCAUCUGCCUGGUGGCUCUCCUGUUUAACUGCCUGGUCCUGGCUGCCACGCUUUCCCCACGCAGCUGCCCACUCUCGCCCACCCGCCUGCUUGUGGCCGUCCUGGCAUCCUCCAACCUGCUGACGGGAUUCUACGUGACUGCACUGGUAGUCCUGGAUGCUGCCACCUGGGGCUCGUUCGCAUCCUAUGGCGUGUGGUGGGAGACGAGUGCCGGGUGCCAGGCACUCAGCGUGCUGGCCGUGUUCUCGUCCGAGUGGGCCGUUCUGGUGUUGCCUCUGGCCGCUGUGGAGCGCAGCCUGGCUGUCCGGGCGCUGAUGGGUAAAGCGGGCGCACUGAGGAGCUGUGACCGGAGGGGUCAGAGAAGGAAGUUUGGACUCGCUGCAGGACUUCUGGGUCUACUGGCAGCUGGGGUGGCAUUUUUAAGCCUGUAUCAAGGAGCAGUGGAGGGUUCUCCACUGUGCCUGCCCUUCUCUGGAGGUUUGGCACCUGGGUUGGGUGUGACGGUGGCGCUGGUGCUGCUGAACAUCCUCGCGUACCUGUUAAGCGCCGUGAUAUACACAAGGCUCUACUGUGGUCUGGGCCGGGCACAGCUUGCCGAUCCAGAGCAGGCAGGUUCUGUGCGACACGUCGCGUGGCUUAUUUUUACCAACUGCAUCUUCUUCUGCCCUGUGGCAGCCUUCUCCUUUGCCCCACUGCUGACGGGAACGGGUAAUGCAGCCGGAAGCCCGGACAUGGCAAAAUCAGUUACCCUGAUCUUCUUUCCUCUGUCUGCUUGCCUAAAUCCAGUGCUGUACGUCUGCUUCAGCCCUGCCUUCCGGCACGACUGGCUUCGCCUAAGGGGGCGGAUCAGACUCGGGAGAGGUGGGAAAGCCAUCGGGGCCGGUUCAGUGGGCAUCACCGGGACAGGUGAAGGCGGAGUCUCGAGUGAACUGGGCUACGAAUGUGGCAUGUGCGAACGCUGCGAGGCAGCUCUUCUCGCCAGAGCAUCUUCGUCGUCUGCCUCCUCAUCUUCCUCUUCCUCCUGCACAUGCAGACAUUUAGUGAAGUGGCACAGUUGCCCGGCGCUGACAGCGGGCGAGGUUCCGUGCUCGCGUUCCGACGGCGACUGGGCAGACUGCGGCACUCUGUCAGCGCACUCGGAAUAUGCAGACGAGGGAGACUCGUUCGUAUCGGACAGCUCAGAGCAGGCACAAGCGUGCGGACGCGCAUGUUUCUGCCAGAGUCGCGGCUUACCUUUAGUGCAUUACUCUUACAACGUGCCCAGCAUUAAAGACUGAGAAUGAGUCAUUGCACACACACACACUUGCACAUUCACACUUUCGCUCGUUCACUACAGAGCGUCUGCUCAUAUGGCACACACACAAGCACAUUAUGCAGGGAACAGUGGGCGAUUUGAGACACGCCCUGGAGCCAGAGACAUUCAACUGGUCAGGAAGCACUUUUUUUUUCAAACACAUCAGUGUGUGUGUGUGUGUGUGUGUGUGUGUGUGUGCACGCGUCUGAAACGACGCUGACGCCUCGUCAGUAAAUUAAAAGGGAAACUGACAAUAUGAAAAAGACUCACUGAGCCAAAUGUCAGCAGGACUUGAUUUCCUUUCUGCGUUUUUAUUCAUGUCUGCAUGGCUGCAGCGAGCUGACUGACUUCCUUAAUCCUUAAAGAACACAAAGCCGAGUGCUACUGCCCGCCUCUCACUCUUUGACAGAACACGACUUCAGUUUGCAAAGAUUUUUUGUUAAGCAGGGAUAAAUGUCACUAAGCUGAGAAUAUUUUUGUCUUGAUUUUGUUCUUCACUGUUGGCAUUCCUUGUUCUAUUGACCUCAGUGUGUGACGGAAGUGUGGGAUCUUUUCCCAUGUAGCUGCAUUCAUGUAUGUGUUAGUCAAGGAGAAUGUAACAUAACAUAGAAACUUUUAAAGAGUGAGUCUAUUUUUACUGCCUCUUUUCUUGGAAAUUCUGCUAAUAUUUAGCACUGGCCAGCAGCCAUUCCCUCACACUGUUCAGUUCAUCUUGUGCUUCGACGGCUGUGCAGAAGCCUUCGGGGUGAAAUAGUGGUUUGAAGGCAGGAACGACUGGACGUGAGAUCCAGUUACAGUAUGUUCAGCGCUCUCUCAGCUGUAACAGUCAUUGUUUUGACAUUAGCAAUGGCUUUAUCAUACACAGUGCCCUAAUUUAUAAACAGAAAUGUAUGUAAAAUUGUUUUAAUUAUAGAUUGAUGUAAAUAAUUCAGCGGUUAUGGUACUGUAUAUGACAUAUGUUUGGACCUUCGUAUUAUAAGUUCCUGUGCGGCAUUCUAUCAUCACUUGGAAACUCAGGCCCUGAUUCACUGAAAGGUUAAACAUUACAUUUAAUCAGCUUUGUAGAUGAUGUGUAAUUCUACAUAUGUCUGGUGAAUAUGGAAUAUAAAAUCAAAAAUAUAUUGUAUGUCACAAUUUUUAGACACUUUCUUAUUAUGAAUGAAGUGAGGAAAAAAACACAAUAGGGCGUGCUGUUAUCGGAAAAUAAUCAACGACGGAAUGACUGAUUAUUUUCCAAUAAAGCAUGCCUAGAAAUGUUUUAUUCCUCUUAUCCAACAGUAAUUUAUAAACAAUUAAAUUUGUUCAUUUUAUGACACGUCAUAAUUUUAACCAUUUUUAGGUACAUUUAAUGUUGUUGAACAUCCACGAGACAAGUUCUUUCCUGUUAUCACUUAGGUUAUAGCAGCUAUAAACAGUCAUUCCCUCACCAGCGUCUCUUUUUUUCUCUCUGUCAAAGUUAAUAAGAUGAGAAAACUGCUUAUUUUGCUUAGAAACAGCCUUGAACACUGAAGAUUCCUUCCAUAAAUGGUAAAUAAAUGUCUGUGUACAGAAAGCUGCACUAUAACAAUGAUAUACGCUUGUCAGUGAAAACAUGGAGGCGGAAACAGAGAAAGCAGGUUUUUCUAAACCAUAUCAACAUUUUAUAAAUGAUCAAUAUUGAUUACAAGCAUAUCCUUUGAUUUUUUAUUAUUGCUAAUAUAUUCUUAUAGAUGUCUUUUCAUACCGUACCAUCUUUUAUAAACUCUGAUUUAUCUACAGCUUUGAAUUUUUCAUAUUGCGUUUCACCUAAUAAGUCGAUCUUAAGUUUCAGUUUCUCACUCCUGGGAGCUGUUUUUAUCCAAACUCGCCACCGCUAUCCAGAACAAUUAACUCACACCAAAACCUCUACCUACUAUACACGUAAUUGUAAUUUACACAAUUAAUAUUUAUAAAUUGCCCAAAAACACCCAUCAACUACAUGAGCAGUUAAUCUCUUUAUUCAAUUUGGGAUCUUUGUAAAUCAGGGGCUUAUAACACUAAGGACAUGAUGGACUUGAUGCUUCAGAACAUGAGCAGUUUGAUGAUUAUCAAAUGACAUGACAUUUCCUUCCCUCACUCUAUCCCCAAAAAAACACGACUAGAUUAUUUUUUAUACUGGCGUAAUUACUAGAAUCUUAUAAACAACAUAUUUACUUCCACCCCUAACAGGUCCAAAGAGCAAACAUAUAUAUUGUGACUUUAUGCAUGUGUUUUCACCCUGAUCUUGAAGUUUGAAGCUGUUGUCAUUAACUGUUGUCUUAAGCUUAUGUAAUGUCAGUGAGAAUUCACACACAGCAAUUUUCAGUGAACAGAAACCUUUCCAUGUCACUUUCACUUUGCUCUUCUGCAGAAUGACUACCUUCAUCCAGGCUUUUUUUUUUUUUUUUAAAGCACGUUUGCAUCCAAGCUGAGUUUAAUUUAUAUUGUUGUGUUAGUCAAAUAAGCUUCCACCAGCUGAUAUUUAAGGUAAUCUCUUAAAUGAGGUAGCAAUUAAUGUCACUAACAAAUUCCAGAUGUUUGAGUGUGAUUCUAUCUUUAUGUUUGUCUGUGAGUGUUGUAAAUUAUUUGUAUAAUCGAGAAUGGGAUGCAUCGUCUAACCAUGGAAGCUACCUCUUUAACUGUAGCGGCUGCCGGUAGUGUGCAGUGUGUAUGAGAGAGUGGUUGCUCUUAUGUUUUACGUUUUUAUGUUUUAUGUUGACUGUCUGAUUACUCGCGCUGUAAAUACAUCUAGUUUGUACUGUCACUGAAUGAAAGUCACAUUUUAGUUUAUGCCAAUUGUGGGAGGAAAUUGUGUACGGUAUAUAGUAAAUUUUGUAAAGCAAACCAUAUAAAGUAAAUUGCUUAAAGUCUGA